AUGAUGGUACCUCAGUAUGCUAGUAUAAUUCCAACUAUAACUUGGACAGCUGAUUUGCAAUAUGAGAAUGACAAGGGUGUUCAAAAAGCGAUAGCUCAACCCCCACAAUGCCCUCAAGCCUUGCAAGGUGCUGCAAAUAGGAAUCCAUUCCUUGCAAACGGUACUGGUGGUCAUGGUUUGCAUAAACAUCAAUCCGCAGGUGUUGCUCCAACAGACACUCCCAUAAGCGAAGACUGUUUGUUCAUCAACGUUCAGUAUCCUGGAAACACGGUGUCGUCUACAAAGCUCCCUGUCCUUGUCUAUAUUCAUGGCAGAGGAUACAUCCUUGGGGGAGCAAAUCUGUACGACGGGACUUUCCUUAUCGAGGAAUCAAAUCAGGAAGCUAUCCUAGUAGUCAUGCAAUAUCGACUUGGCCUGUUCGGGUUCCUUGCUGGUGAUGAGGUUGAGAAGAACGGAGAUCUCAACGUUGGAUUACUUGAUCAAUCCUUCGUACUUCGUUGGGUUAGGGCACAUAUCUCGAAAUUCGGAGGAGACCCGAACAAGUUACGCUUUGGGGGAAAUCCGCUGGUGAGCUCAGGCAGUGGCGGGUCUGUAUUGCAACAGGUCAUUGCUGAGAAUGGUAAAACUAGCCCACAGUUGUUCCACACAGCAAUCGCCAGCUCGCCUUACUUACCUGCGCAAUACAAGUACGACGACAAGAUUCCCAUGACGCUGUACAAGCAAGUUGUUGAUGGAGUCAAUUGUACAUCUGCCCACGACGCUCUUGCAUGUCCCCGUCAAACGGACACCAAAGCCCUCCAGACAAUCAACAGUAACAUCAACGCGGCUGGAUUCUAUGGAAGCUUUAAUUUUGUCCCCGUUGUUGAUGGAAAAUUCAUCACCCAGCGACCUACCAAGUCCAUGAGGCAAGGCAAAGUCAAUGGAGACAUGUAUGUGAAUAACGCCACUACCCCGUUGAGUGCAGGCAGCUUCGCCUCUCAACUUUCCCCAACCUUGAAGUCGAAACAGAUGGCGGAGAUUGACAGCCUGUACAAGGACUUGGGGCCUCCCCUAGACCAAGAGAACCUCGUUGUUGGAGAGUCACUCUUUGUCUGUCCUACCUACUACCUCCGGCUUUCAAGGGCGCCUCUUACAAGGUAA